UGCAUAAUGGAUGGAGGGGCCGGCGCAGGGCUGGGCUGGCCUCCGGUGCGCUGACAGCGUCUCGGGGGAGGAGGCCAGAGCAGCCCGGCCCCUCCCACUCUGCCUUAUCUCGCGUGUCCUGUCCCAGGGACUGGCAGUGGGCGCUCGGCUGCUAGCGAGUGUACGCAGGGAGUCCAGACACCGAUCACAGCCAGCCAAGGGAACCGCAGCGGCCGCCUGAUCCGGGGCCCAGCCACCCGCGGCAUGAGCUCGCUCAGUGGCCUGCGGGCGCUCCGGGCACUUGGAGCGCCUGGCCACCCGCUCCUCCUCCUGUGCCUUCUGUCCAUGAUGCGCUCGAGCCUGGCAGAUGGCAAUCUCACAGGUUCACCUUUUACAAGUCUACGUCUUCGAGAAGAAAUGCUGGCAAAGUACUCAAAUCUUUCCUCUGUGAUUCAUAACAUAUCGCUCACAGAACAUUCCAGUGUACCAGUAGAAAAAAAUAUCACUUUGGAAAGGCCUUCUGUCAUGGAACUCCAGUGCCAAUUCACAACCUCUGGAGACUUGAAUUUAGUCAAUGUGACUUGGAAAAAAGGUGAUGAGCUACUUGAAAAUAAUUAUCCUGUCAAUAUAACAGGAAACACCUUUUACACCCAGUACAUGUUCACCAUCAUUAAUAGCAAACAAAUGGGAAGUUAUUCUUGUUUCUUUGGUGAAGAAAAGGAACUAAGGGGAACAUUUAAUAUCAAAGUACCCAAGGUUCAUGGAAAAAACAAGCCAUUGAUCACUUACGUGGGAGAUUCCACUGUCCUGAAGUGUGAAUGUCAGGACUGUCUUCCUUUAAAUUGGACCUGGUACAGUAGUAAUGGAAGUGUGCAGGUUCCUAUUGAUGUUCACACGAAUGAUAAGUAUGUUAUCAAUGGGUCAUAUGCUAAUGAAACAAGGCUCAAGAUAAAGCAUCUUUUGGAAGAAGAUGGCAGAUCCUACUGGUGCAGUGCAGCUUUCCAGUUAGGCGAGAGUGAAGAGCACAUUGAACUUGUAGUACUGAGCUUCUUGGUGCCCCUCAAACCAUUUCUUGCAAUAAUUGCUGAAGUUAUUCUUUUAGUAGUCAUUAUUCUGCUUUGUGAAGUGUAUACACAUAAGAAAAAGAAGGAUUCAGAUGAUGGGAAAGAAUUUGAACAAAUUGAACAGCUGAAAUCAGAUGACAGCAAUGGUAUAGAAAACAAUGCCCCAAGGCACAGAAAAAAUGAAUCUGCGAACCAGUGAAUAAGGACGAUCAUGUUGCCAUGGGAAGAUGAACGAAGAGUCUGUAUUUAGCUUUGCUUAUCCUUCCUUUUAUAAGAGUGUUUGGAUUUUAAUUUUUUAAAAGACAAACCAUUAUGCAACAUGCACAGUAAUAGCUUUAUCUCUUAUCUAAAGGUGUAUUUUCAUUUUGUAAUUGUUUUACAUUAAAUCAAAGUAAAUUGUUUUAAAUGUGUCCUGUGAGCCAUAGCCUAGUAUAAAAAAUGUCAUCCUGGUCCAGACCAGAAGGUACAGAACAGACACCAGCAAAAUUAGUUAAUAAUUCACAGAAUACAUAUCACUAAAGCCCUGUUUGUUACCAAAGAAUUUAUUGAAAAGAAAGCUUUUGCCAUUUGUCUCAAAAAGUGUUUUUUCCCAAGUCAUAGUGAAUAUAAUUACAUGUAGAUGUGUUUGCAACAAUUUCCCUGUAACUUCCUGUGAUAGUGAAACUGUUUUCACUAAGAAAUAGACUCUACACUUUUACUAAUGGUGGCUGCUUCACCACCUGUACACUAAGACGUGCUUUUACUCCAUGAAGAAUGUGAGGCAAGGGAAUAAAAUCGUAUGCUUACCCCAGAGUCACAGCAAAACCAAAUCUCCACAUCCUGACCCCACCUCAUUGCUUCUGCACCCCAAGCGAGGGUGCUUCUUGGCUUUAAGUAGGAUGUUUUCAUUGGUCUUUACCAUGGGGUUUGGUCUUCGGUCCUCUGGGGUUGCUGUUUCAGAGUGCAGAUUUGUGUAGUCAUGAUGCACCACUGCUGCCUGCAUGCUUCUGUCGCCCUUGGUACAGAGAGUUUCACUGUAUGUUCCUGACUGGCCUGAAACUCACUAUGUAAACUAGGCUGGCCUCAAACUCACAGUGAUCCUCCUGCCUCUGCCUCCUAAGUGCUGGGAUUAAAGGGAUGCAUCACCAUGCCCAGAGAUUUCUGGGUAUCUUUAAUUUGAUAUCUAGUUUCUGGCUAAAUAUGUAAAAAUGCAUUAUCAGUGCUUUACAAUAGCGAUGCCUUUGACUACAGUCCUGAAGUGUUAAUGUCUUGUUUUUAUUUUGCUGCUCAUGCCUUAGACUAACCUUGAAAAAUAGAAUGUUUUCAUUACAUAUAUCACUGAAAUAGUUCACAAACGCAUGGGAACCAAAUCAUUUCAACUUGAGAAGGUAUAGAAAGUUGUCAUUGGCUUUAGUGAAGUAUGGCAGUAAUGCCUCAAGAUACUAGGCAAGGUAUCCCUGGUGUGGCAGGGUUUCUGUGCCAUGCUGUUUGCAGGGGAAACAGGGUUAAGGACAAUCCGAAACAAAGAGGAACUUGGGGUGGUAGUGGAAAAAACCUGCAGUUCUUGGUUGGCCAUUAGGGGAUUAGAGCUUGGGUAAAAAGAAUCCAAUAAUUAAUUUCACAACAAAAACAUUGUAGAAAGUUAUGCCAUGUGUAUCAGCUAAGAAAAGUGCAAUUGUAUCUUGAUGUCUACUAAUAACACUAGCAAGAAUAAUACACAUAAAAUAGUAAUAUGGCAACUGCUUCAUCUUUUGUUAUUUUUAUUGAACUAGAGUACAUCCCUUUUCACUAGACAUCAUGCCUUCUCUUAAUCAAAGAACUGUGUAUUUGAUUUGCCUUAAUUAAUGAUUAAUUUGACAAAAUAAUCUUGGAUAAUAUUAUAGCAGUUAGUUUAAUUAAACAUUUUGAAUUUAGUGAAAAUUUGAUAGGCAUCAUUUGGUGAAGUCCCACUCAUAGUAGUGUACUUGUGACUAGGUACAUACAACCCAAGCCAGUUACAGUAGCAGAAUUCAUGUUUUCUUUGCCACCACUGACAAUUAGGUUGAAAUAGUUUUUAAAGAAAAAAAUAGCUGCCCAAAGGUAAAACCUGAAGUAUUUAUGUAUUAAAAUGAAAUUCUAAGUGGUGAUAUUUUGUAGCAAAGACAGAUUUUAGUCACUUUAAAUAGAAAUAAGUUGUCAAAUAUUUAAGUUGAUUUUUAGCCUCUCUGGAGUACUCGGAAAUUGUUCCAUCUCUGUUAGAUUAACAAUGGAACGCUCCCAUUAACUAACCUCAUGGAGAUGGUAAAUGGAUUAGCUAAGGACUAACUAUAAAUUGACCGCAAAGAGUAAACAGCAGAAAGGCUGUUUAGAAAACUACCCUGAGUUCUUAUGUUAGACACCUGGGAAAUUUGAUUAAUCUUUCCAGUUGGUGGGGUUUUUCCAUGUAAUAAUUAGAUUUAAUGAUGCCAUAAAUCUCCCAGAUAAUUUUAUAUGCAAUUUACACUAAAGGGUGUUUCCUUUUGCAGUCUUUUUUUGCCCCAGCUAGCUAGUCAUUCAAGCUCAACUCCAAAUUCUUUAUGGUAUUUUCUUCUUUUCUUCUUGGCUAUGAAUCCCUGUUCCUUGGACUGUCUUAAUGGUACAAGAGUCAACCCAGUACCUCCCUGGCCUCAUCUUCCCAGCUAUAACAGCUAAGAUCUUGAUUUUCCCCCUUAGUCUCAUCAUCCAGCACUCCAUCCUCUAUAGUGUGGCCUCAGUCUUCUUCCCAAAACACGAAGAUCUCACUUAACACCUUCAUGCAUCAGUUUCAGGCCCAACAUGCAGCUCAUCUUUGCCGUUUCUCAGUCCAGCAUCACCCAGUCACCAAUCUCCCCCCAGUGUCUUGAAUUAGCCCAGAAUGCUCCCAUGCUUCUCUGAAUUCCACCAGCUCAAGAUUAACUUUUAGGAUGCUAACAUCUUAGAGGAAACCCUCAUAUUGCUGGAGUGGUACCUUCUUCUGUGUUCAUAUGCCUCUGUAUUUUUGUGUUUUUAACCUGUAUUGUAAACACAGUUGUUGCUCUCCUUCCUGGAUUCUGACUUUUCAUUUCUGUGCCUUGUGUUUACCACAGGGAGAGUUUGUUACAGAUAUUGUAAAAUGUGUGUUGAGUGGUAGAAUGUUUAAAUAUAAAAGAAACAUAAAUCUGUACCAGUUCUUAGAACACCAUUUUAAUUUGUGACAAUUAGAGUUGAAAAAAAAAUUAGAGAGAAAAGCAGGUUUUCUAACUUCCUAAAUUGUUAUAGAGAAUGCAUUAUAUUGAUUAUUCUGUAUUUUAAUUCGUAUUGUCCUUCAAGUUUCCUGGUCAGUGCAUGAAUGAGCUUUAUGUUUACCUUUUAUUUUAAUACAAUAACACACUGACUGCAAACACACAAUUUUAGUGAUUGUAUUCCUUUGAAUGGCACAGUCGAGAGCUGGUGUCUGCUCACCCUUCUGUGCUCCAAAUUCAUCUCCCCUGUGUGUAGAUACUGUUGAACAUCCUAGAAUAAACUUCAGAUUUAAUAUUAAAAUAAGUAUUUUACAAAUGGUUUUAUUAUAAAUUUUGAUCACUAGAAGCAUAUUUUUCAUCAGAUUAAUCAAAAAUAAAAACCCUGUUAUUCUGCUUGUUUAUAUGGUUUUUACCUUUGAGGCAUUUAAAUAGGUUUGUGCACAAUUAUUUACCAUCUACUAUUCUUCCCUGUAGGAAAGCGAAUCUUUUGUAAUUGGGCAAAUCAAGACAAGGAAUUAAGAACUUCCUUCCCUUUAGUGCUGUUCAGCUUUGGAAAGGAUAAGUUCAAAUGUCUAUUCCAGUAUUAAUUGUAAGGCACAGCGCCUCCUUGUCUGAAAAUAUAUUUAUGGAAUGCAUAAAAAUAGACAAAUAACUCAGUUAUUUUGGAAUCUUAAAUUACACAUAUUUAUAUGCCUUCUCUUUUGCUUAUGAUUUGUUAGCCAUGAGCUUAUCCUAGUUGUCAUAGGAAGAAAACUGAAACUACUUCUUUACUGCUUCGGAGUCAGUUGCAUGCUCUUUUUACCAAUCAACAGAGAUGCAUCACAUUACUUAAAGCUAAUAACUGGCGUUAGUUGAGUGUGUGGCAUAUGAUAGGCAUUACUUUGAAAUGAGUUACCUUACUUAAUCCUUGCAUCAUUUUAUGUUAUAAAAUUAGUUCUCUGCUUUUUAAUAGAUGCACAAAUUCAAGUGUAACACCAUUAAAUAAACUGCUCAAGUCACUAUGUUGUACACAGAAUUACAUUAAAAACUAAGCUAGCCUGGGCUGACUUGACCCAUCUUGUUGCUUUGAACUGCUAGUCACACACUUCCUAGAAAAUGAUACUGUCACCAAUCAUUUGUCUAUUUUUAAAAUGUCAGUCUUUUAGGUGGUUAGUUAUAUCACAAGCCAGAAUCUUUCAGAGUUUAGGGGACCUGUGCUUUGGCAUUCCUGUGUCCCUGCAGUGGUGCUGGGGAGUCAACACAUAUUUAAGGUUCUUUUCUUCUAGUUUUUACUUGUCAGUAGUGAGAAUGACCAUAAAACGUAUCAUCUAGACACUGAAAAUAAAAGAAGGUGCUAUUUAUAAUUUUACCAAGACAGGUGGAAAGCAGACCCUUCAAUUAUACAUUCAGCCUGCAGGAAGGAGUGACUGCUUUGUGGAUGUUCUGUCACAGACACAGCCCCAAGUUAGAAUGAUUGACAGAAAUUCACUUUCAGGGAAAUAGCCAUUUUCAGUAAAUGUCAGGUGAGUGUCACUGUGGAGAAGUGCCUAUAAUGACAUCGUUUACCGAGCUUAUUAAAGUUUUAUGACUUUCCACAAGUUUCUUACCAUGACUAAAGUUUGUUGGCAUUCAGAAGUGUGAUUUACAAGUUGUAAGAGAAGGUGACAAAGAAAGUCAUGAUUUUGCAAGUGUGUGGAGUGGACUGGAGAGUUCUUGGGAUUUGUGUAUUUUCUGCUAAAUGCAUUGUAUUAAUAACAUGUGAUCCCUGUGACCCAAGAAUGCUGAUUAUGCCUUUAUUAUAAAAUUUGCUUAUGAAAUAAUUGAAAUUCACUCACUAUAGAACUGACAGAAUUACUUUUAGUCCCAUGAUUAGUCUGUAGUGUCCGUAUUUCUUACUCCCUUGUACCUCAGCGGGAAAAUGCUAUGGAAACACGCUUAGAGUGGUUAAGAUCUCUAAAUAUUAUUUUGGUCUGUUGUCUUUUAUGCUUAAAAACACUUUUCAGAAACAUUUACUUUGUUAUAUAAUUUUCAUUUCUUAAAAUAGUUUAUCACCAAUUAUUUUUCUAAAGUUUAUUUGAUAAUCAUGAACAUUUUAGAUUUAUUACAUGUCAUUAAAUUUAA